AUGGAGCAACCCCAAUAUCCCCUCCUCUUCUACAAGCCACCUACGGCCCUUUCGGGGCCAGUUGAUCCCAUCACAGUGCCACCCGUGGCACAGGAAAGCGCGGGGGUGGACUAUGAAUGCGAAAUGGUCAUAGUUAUUGGAAACAGGUGCAGAGAUGUGCCGGAGUCUGAAGCGCUUGGCUGUGUGCUCGGCUACGCUGUCGGAAAUGAUGUGACGCAUCGAGAUUGGCAGCUACAAAGAGGAGGAGGUCAAUGGUCCCUCGGGAAAGGAUUUGACACAUGGGCACCUUACGGGCCCGGUAUAGUUACCAGCAACGUUAUCAAAGACCCGCAAAAUCUCAGGAUCUGGACCAAGGUCAACGGAGACACUCGUCAGGAUUCUUCUACUGCAGAUAUGAUAUUUGGAGUCAAGAAAGUCGUCUCUUUGCUGAGCCGGGGUGUGACGCUCAUGCCUGGAGACCUCAUUUUCACGGGAACGCCCGCCGGUGUGGGGAUGUGCCGCAACCCCCAAGCUUGGCUUAAGAGUGGCGACGUUGUCGAGGUUGGAUUAGAGCAGAUUGGCACCUGUACGAACAGGGUUGAAUUCGAAAAGGAAGAGGCAACUUAG